AUGAGUGCUCUCACUAAUGAUGGUUCUGGUGCCAUUCAACAAACUGUUUCACUUUCGCAGGACUCUCAUAGCUACACGUGUUUGAGUCGACAUUUAGAUGAGUAUACCAUUGAACAAUUUGAUGAGUGUUAUAAAAUUGCGGAAAGCGUGGAUAUUAUUAUUCGGAAUGGGUUCAAGACUGUGGCGUUACAAUUUUCCGACGACUUGUUGAUGGAUGCAUCUUUGGUAUCUUUUCAAUUGAAAAAUCAUUAUCAUCGGAGAAUGGAAAGAGAUCAAUCCAAUGAUACCAUGAAUGGUAGAAAUGAAAGUAAUCAUGAAGAAGUACCUGUCGGAGAUAUUGAAGAUUUCAAUACUCAUUCAACACUUUCGCUACUUUCUCAGCUUGCUAUAAAUUCAGAGUAUACUAAACAGCAUCAUCUAGGAAAUGAUUCGAAUCAUUUGAGAGUUUAUAUAUUGGGAGAUACCUCAUAUGGAAGCUGCUGUGUGGAUGAGGUUGGAGCACAACAUAUUUUCGCAGAGUUUAUUAUUCAUUACGGAAAUGCUUGUCUUCAACCAGUCAAGAGAACACCAGUUUUUCACGUUUUUGGAGUUAAUUAUAAAUUAGAUGUAAAUGAAUGUGCAAAGGCAUUGAACAAUUUUGUUGAAGAGUCGCAAGAGGAGAAGUUAUCGUUAUUUAUGACUUGUAACCAAAUAUUUCCAAAACCAAGUGAGAAGGCCAGAUUCUUUUUCAUUGGAGAGUUAGGAUCUUUUAUUACUCAAUUCAUGAUGGAAUAUAAUACUCAUUCGUUUAAAGUUUAUUCUGGCUACAAGAACAAGAUAGAAAAUGAUAGCAUGGCAGGUAUAUCAAGAACCUUGGCAAGAAGAUUUGCCCUCGUACAAAAAGCAAAAGAAGCUCAAGUGUUUGGAAUUUUAGUGGCUACUGUAUCUGUUGAGAAUUACUUGAAAAUGGUAGAAUAUGUGAAGCGACUCAUUAUUGACAACAACAGAAAAUUCUAUCUAUUUUUCGUAGGAAAAUUGAAUGUACCCAAACUAGCUAAUUUUAUGGAGAUUGACAUGUUUGUCCUUAUUGGAUGCUCUCAAAAUUCACUUAUUGAAUCUAGAGAAUAUGUGAAACCAAUUAUCACUCCUUUCGAGCUCGAGUUGGCGUUGAAGUAUGGCAAAGAGUGGACAGGUUACUAUCAACUGGAUUUCAAUAGACUUUUCGAGGAUGAAGACCAUGAGUCUCCACUGCAACAGCCACAAGAUGACACAGAGUCGUAUUCUGUCUCCUUAAUUUCAGAGAUUCUCAAGAGCAAAGACGAUGGUAAAUCUCUGGUCUUGCAAGAACAGCAGCAACGUCAACUGGUUCAAUCUCAAUACACUCCCUCGAUGCUCUUUUUGAAAAAUAGAACGUACAAAGGUUUAGGUCAAGACGCAGACGACGAUCAGAAUGAAGGUGACAAUCCUCCAGCCACCUAUGCCACUAUUGAACAAGGUAGAAGCGGAAUUGCAUCCUCAUACUCUGACGAACGGCAUUGA